AGCCCCCCAGCCCCGAGCACAGUGCCGGGCACUUGCAAGGACGCCCGGAGCCGCCGUUUGCAGAAUGCAAUGAGGCGCGGGGCGGGCGGCCGCCCCUGCACGCGCCGGGGUGCAUCCAGAGGCAGAGUUGAGGGGCUGGCCAGCAGACAUGCCGGUGCUGUCCGAGGAUUCUGGAUUGCAUGAAACUCUGGCGCUGCUGACCUCUCAGCUGAGCCCUGACUCCAACCACAAGGAAGAGAUGGGCUUCCUGAGAGACGUGUUCAGUGAGAAAAGUCUCAGUUACUUGAUGAAGAUUCACGAGAAGCUUCGCUAUUAUGAGCGGCAGAGCCCCACUCCGGUUCUGCACAGCGCUGCAGCCCUUGCUGAGGACGUGAUGGAGGAGCUGCAGGCCACCUCUGUGCGUGGGGAUGAGCGGGAGCUGCUCCAGCUGCUGUCCACCCCCCACCUCAGGGCCAUGCUCAUGGUGCAUGACACGGUGGCCCAGAAGAAUUUCGACCCUGUUCUCCCGCCCCUGCCCGAUAACAUUGAGGAAGACUUCGAGGAAGAGUCUGUGAAGAUCGUCCGCCUAGUGAAGAACAAGGAACCCCUGGGUGCCACCAUCCGGCGGGACGAGCAGUCGGGGGCCGUGGUGGUGGCUAGGAUCAUGCGAGGAGGCGCUGCGGAUCGGAGUGGCUUGGUCCACGUGGGUGAUGAGCUGCGGGAAGUGAAUGGGAUCGCCGUCCUGCACAAGAGGCCUGACGAGAUCAGCCAGAUUCUGGCACAGUCCCAGGGAUCUAUCACCCUGAAAAUCAUCCCGGCCACCCAGGAGGAGGACCGUUUAAAGGAGAGCAAGGUGUUCAUGCGUGCCCUCUUCCACUACAAUCCACGCGAGGACCGGGCCAUCCCCUGCCAGGAGGCGGGACUGCCCUUCCAGUGCAGGCAGGUCCUGGAGGUGGUCAGCCAGGAUGACCCCACGUGGUGGCAGGCCAAGCGAGUGGGGGACACCAAUCUUCGAGCAGGCCUUAUCCCCUCCAAGCAGUUCCAGGAAAGGCGACUAAGCUACCGGAGAGCCAACGGCACACUGCCGAGCCCCCAGAGUCUCAAGAAGCCCCCGUACGAUCAGCCUUGUGACAAAGAGAACUGUGACUGUGAGGGUUACUUCAGAGGCCACUACGUGGCUGGUCUUCGGAGGAGCUUCCGGCUGGGCCGCAGGGAGAGACGGGGCAGCCUGCAGGAAGGGAAGACACCCCCAGCCGCGGAGUCUCCUGAGCUGCUGACCUACGAGGAGGUGACCAGGUACCAGCAGCAGCCGGGCGAGCGGCCCCGCCUGGUGGUUCUCAUCGGAUCCCUGGGAGCCCGGCUGCAGGAGCUGAAGCAGAAGGUGGUGGCUGAGAAUCCGCAGCACUUGGGUGUGGCUGUUCCACAUACCACCAGGCCCCGAAAGAGCCACGAGAAGGAAGGGGUAGAGUAUCACUUCGUCUCUAAGCAAGCCUUUGAGGCCGACUUACAUCAGAACAGAUUCCUGGAGCAUGGGGAAUAUAAGGACAACCUCUACGGGACCAGCUUGGAGGCCAUCCGGGGGGUGUUGGCCAGAAACAAAGUUUGUUUGGUGGACGUGGAGCCUGACGCGCUGAAACAGCUGAGGACCCCAGAGUUCAAACCCUAUGUUAUAUUUGUAAAGCCCGCCAUUCAGGAGAAAAGGAAGACGCCACCCAUGUCCCCGGCUGGUGAGGACUCCGCAACCCCCCUGGAUGAGGAGCAGCAGGAGAUGGCUGCGUCUGCCGCCUUCAUCGAGCAGCAUUACGGGCACCUGCUGGACGCCGUGCUAGUGAGGGAGGACCUGCAGGCGACGCACAGUCAGCUCCGCGCACUCCUAGAGAAGCUGAGCAAGGACACUUAUUGGGUCCCCGUUAGCUGGGUCAGGUGACUCUCUCGGGGGCCACCCAGACCGGCAGACCCUGCAAACCACCUCUUCAACCGUGU